AUGUCAAAUUUAAUCGAAGAACAAAUAGAUCGAUUAUCAUACAAUGUACUUCUUAAAGAAUUAGCAAAGCGAAAUUUAUCAACAAGGGGAAAUAUCGAUAUUUUAAAAACACGUUUAACAUGCAGUUGUAAAGGAUAUGAAGAACAGGUAUAUAAAUUUGUCGCUGUUAUUGAUUUUGAAGCAACAUGUACAGCCAAACCACCUAAUCCUUAUAUUCAAGAAAUAAUUGAAUUUCCAGUUGUUCUUAUUGAUGUUGCCAAACAAGAAAUUGUUGAUACAUUUCAUUCAUAUUGUAAGCCAGUACGUCAACCAAUAUUAUCAGAUUAUUGUAAACAAUUAACUGGAAUAACACAGGAACAAGUAAACAAUGCAUUAGUAUUUACAGAUGUAUUUAUCAAUGUUGAGAGAUGGUUGAACGAUAGAAAUUUAAUAUCAGAUUCAGAACAAAAAUGUCUAUUUAUUACUGAUGGACCAUCGGAUUUCAAAAAAUAUUUACGAAUGCAAUGUGAAAUCUCUCAUAUAAUAUAUCCUAAUUGGGCAUACCAAUGGUUUAAUGUGAAAAAAACAUUUUCAGACUUUUAUUUUGUUAUGCCCGGUCGUAUACAAAAUAUGUUAGAAAAUUUACAUCUUCCAUUUCAUGGUAAUUUACAUUCUGGUUUGGAUGAUGCGAUAAAUAUUGGGAGAAUAGUCAUUCAAUUAAUUCAAGAUGGUUGUGUGUUAGUGUCUAAUGAAUACUAUGCUCUAUCAAGAGUUACAUCAGGACGUAAUACAUUAUUAUCGACUGCUCAAUAUGAUCCUGCAAAAAUGAUAUGUCUUAAUUGUUCCAAAUCUCAUUUUAAAGAUCAACGUUCUUGUAUGGAAGAUGCAGUAAAACGAAUACAAAGAUCUAAAUCUCAUCAUUCUCAAAUUCAUUCAAAUCGAUCAAUAUCAUCAAAAAAGAUUCCAUCAUUACUAGACCUUCCAUAUCCAUCAUGUACAAACAGUCAAACUUUUCGACAUCAGUCUUCAUCAUCACGAUUGUCAUAA